GUUUCAAAGCCUCUUAUGACCUGUCAUGUCACUGGACAGAGGGAUUCCACCAUGGCCUUGACUUCAGCGCUGGGAAGUGUUCUAUUUGUCCUCGGGUUAUCUGGGAUCUGCACAGGAUUUGUACAAGAGAACUGUACCAACUACAAGCUCCAAUUUGAAAGGGUUUACUCUGUUCCCGGGGAUAUGGCAAAGCUGAAUAGCACCUUGGUGUCUCCAGAUGUCUUCAACUUCACAACUGUCCCAUACAACAUCACCUGGUAUGAUUCAAAGACGGGUCAAGAAAUGAGCAACCAGACCGGUCGAAUCCUGGUGAAAGAGGAGACCCUGUGGUUUCUUAACGUAACGCUGGACGACAAUGGGGAAUACGUGACCAUAGUGAGAACUCCUUUUCGGUGCUACAGACAGGCCACCAAGCUGAUAGUGGAUAGUCUUACUGGCGAGUGUGGAAGGCCAAGGAAAGUUGAUCAGACACUUAUGAAUGGAGUAGCUGACACCCUGUCCUGCCCUCUGAAAGACUAUAUGAGUAAACUGGACAGCUACAACAUCAGUUCCUCCAUCAAGUGGUACAAAGGUUGUGAGCACAUAGUGGAUGGGACAGGCAAAUAUAGCUACAGGGAUAUGACAACACUGAUGAUUCAAAGGGUGGAACCUCAAAACAAUGGCUCCUACACCUGUACUCUGACCUUCACCCUUGGUGGCAUCACAGGAUCCGUGUCAGAGACAAUUGAUGCAAGGAUCAGAGAGGUGUACUCUUUGGUUCCUCAAGUGCGAGAACCAGCCAGUGAAAUAAUCAAGGCAGAGAUAGGGUCCAGUUUCAGCAAACGAUGCCUUGUGUUUGUGCCCGGUGUUGGGAAGCCCUUUGUUUCUAUCCUUUGGAUAGCCAGAGACAAAUUCAUUCGCAAUACACAACCCUCUGACCGUGUCUACACAUCACAAACAAGUUUUAACAUCCAGGAUGUUCCUGAUAAAGGUGCAUGGUUGGAGCGUCUGCUGAUAAUUUCUGAGCUGAGGGAGGAGGAUUUUCACAUCAACUACACUUGUCGGUCAUACAGUUCCCGGGGCCAUCCUGAAGGAUAUUUUACUCUGCUACCAGCAGAUCCAAACAUCAUACUUCCAAUUGGAUCCGUGCUUGGUGGUGUGACAGUUCUCUUUAUCAUUGGUGUUGUCAUCUACUACCUUUUUAAGGUUGAUAUUGUGCUGUGGUUCAGGAGAGUGUUUCCAGUCCUCUAUACAAAUAAAGAUUUGGAUGGGAAGCUGUAUGAUGCCUAUGUGGCAUAUCCACAGCGCUGUGCCGUAGGAUUCAGCAAGGAAGUGGAGACGUUUGCCCUUCACACUCUGCCUCAAGUGUUGGAAAAGGCCUGUGGCUACAAACUCUUCAUAGCAGGCCGUGACUGCCUGCCCGGGCAUGCUGUCGUGGACUCAGUGGAAGAAAAUAUACAAGCCAGUCGCCGCCUCCUUCUGGUCUACACCGCCUCCACUUUCACCAGCAAAAGACACACAAGCAGCACUAGCAGCAACAAUAACAACCACCUCUCUAAGAACAGUAACAACAACGAAAACAGCGAAAGCAAGACCGAUGACAGCAGUAGCAGUAUGAGUUUUAAUGGCAGCGAUGAAGUCUAUCAAGACACAAGGCAGCAGUUGGAGUGUAUGGCAGCAAUGCACAGAGCGCUGGUGGAGGGAUCACUCAAGGUGGUUCUGGUUGAGUUGGAAGAGAUAACCCCGGCUCAGCUGGCUCUCUUCCCAGAGUCAGUGCGUCACCUGAGGAAGAAGCAGGGUGCUGUGUGUUGGUGGAAGUACCUGAGGAUGAGGCAAAGGAGGGGGUCAUGGUAUAAGGAGAGAGAGGAUGAGGGGAAAGGUGGACAGGACACACAGCUGCCACCAUCCCACUCUCUCUCUUCCAGGUUUUGGAAGGAGAUGAGGUAUUACAUGCCAGUGAGGGGAAAGAGGGUGAUCUACCCUGAGAAAACUGCCCUAUUGAACUUAUGAUGGGGUUAGGAUAUGUAUGUUUCAGAGAGUAGCUGGUUUCCAAUGCAAAUGUGUAUUGUAUUGAAUCCCCCACCCACAGAGAAAAUUCUCUGAAAGAAAAUUCAGAGAUGCAUUGUUGUCGCCAGAAACUUGAGGUGUACACUGAGUCGAGGCUACAGCACUGGUGCACACAAAGGUACUACAGAUGCCAACUCAACAGACUCCUUUAGCCUCUGUAACUUUUCAAGUGGCACAUUUCAUAUAACUGUAUCAUGUGCAGCAUGUUGUGAAGGCGGUGUAUAACUGAUAAAGAAAACAUGGAAAAUGCUUUGCUCAAAAACUCAACAACAGCAGCUCACACCUGGUGUGCAGAUAAUCACACGGUCUGGGCUAUCCUGAGUUUGCCUGCACCUGUGGACAUGCCAGAAGAAGACUGAAGAAUAAUGUGGAUAAAGAAGGACUGAUCAAACCAAAUGAUCAUGUAUUAAUGUAAUAUAUUAAUGCAAUAUGUAAUAUGUGAAAUAAAAGGUGUAAAUAUGUAAGUAUCA